AGAGCCUGGGCUUUCAACUUAGCUGCUAUCGGUGAUCGAUUUUCUUUUCAGUUGAACAGAAAGAUGGCGGACCGAACGCCUGGCUCCCAAAAAGCUAGCGCUAAGGCGCUGCUUGAGAGCAAACUCAAGUCUUUCAGCAUUGGAAAGAUGGCUGUUGCAAAAAGGACUUUGAGCAAGAAGGAGCAAGAUGAAAUAAAGAAAAAGGAAGAUGAGCGAGCGGCAGCAGAGAUUUAUGAAGAGUUUCUUGCUGCUUUUGAAGGAGGAGGAGAGGGCAAGGUCAAAGCAUUUGUCCGUGGUGGUCUCGCCAAUGCACCAAAAGAGGAAUCAGUAACUGAUGACAAAAAGGGCAAGCUAUACAAGCCCAAAUCACGUUUUGAGACCCAGCCAAAGAGCAUUCUGCCUUUGGAGACCCCAUCUCAGUUUUUAACAGCAGACAAAAGAAAUACUACAAAGAAAAGCAGUGAAAAGGAAAAGAAGAAGAGCAACUUGGAGCUUUUUAAAGAAGAGCUUAAACAGAUCCAGGAAGAGAGGGAUGAACGACACAGGAUGAAAGGACGUGUCAGUCGCUUCGAACCUCUGCCUGGAUCGGAGGGAAGACGCUCCUCGGAUGGUUCUUCAAGAAGAAACCGUCCGUCCAGUGUUUUGGACGACUGUGCUCCAGGUUCCCAUGAUGUCGGCGAUCCAUCCACUACUAACUUGUAUCUUGGAAACAUCAAUCCACAGAUGAAUGAGGAGAUGUUGUGUCAAGAAUUUGGCCGGUAUGGCCCCCUGGCCAGUGUGAAAAUCAUGUGGCCGAGGACGGAUGAGGAGAGGGCUCGGGAGAGGAACUGUGGCUUUGUGGCCUUUAUGAACCGGAGGGAUGCUGAGCGAGCCCUCAAGAACCUAAAUGGGAAAAUUAUCAUGAACUUUGAAAUGAAAUUAGGAUGGGGCAAGGGAGUGCCCAUUCCACCCCAUCCCAUAUAUAUCCCUCCGUCCAUGAUGGAGCACACACUCCCACCACCUCCCUCCGGCUUACCCUUCAACGCGCAGCCCCGAGAGAGGCUAAAGAACCCCAAUGCUCCAAUUAUUCCUCCGCCCAAAAACAAGGAGGAGUUUGAGAAGACUCUGUCGCAAGCCAUAGUCAAAGUGGUUAUCCCAACAGAAAGGAAUUUGCUCUCUCUCAUCCACCGCAUGAUCGAAUUUGUGGUGCGUGAAGGCCCAAUGUUUGAAGCCAUGAUCAUGAACAGAGAGAUCAAUAAUCCAAUGUACAGGUUUCUGUUUGACAACCAGAGCCCAGCACAUGUAUAUUAUCGUUGGAAACUCUACACUAUACUGCAGGGUGAAUCUCCAGCCAAAUGGCGAACAGAGGACUUUAGAAUGUUUAAAAAUGGCUCUUUAUGGCGUCCGCCUCCUCUUAAUCCGUACCUUCACGGUCCUUAUGAUGAUGGUGACGAAGAGGAAGAAGAAGAGGAGGCCAACAAGAAAGGCUCAUUGAAAGACGAGGAGCGGGACAAACUGGAGGAGAUGCUCCGUGGUUUGUCUCCAAGGAGGGGAGACGUUGCAGAGGCCAUGCUGUUUUGUCUGAACCACGCUGAAGCUGCUGAGGAGAUUGUGGAUUGUAUCGCAGAGUCCCUCUCCAUUCUAAAGACGCCUCUACCCAAGAAGAUUGCACGGUUAUAUCUCGUUUCUGAUGUGCUGUACAACUCUUCUGCCAAAGUAUCCAAUGCGUCUUACUACAGAAAAUAUUUUGAGACGAAGCUCUGCCAGAUAUUCUCUGAUCUCAACACCACAUACAAGACGAUCCAAGGACACUUGCAGAGCGAGAACUUUAAGCAACGGGUGAUGUCAUGUUUUCGGGCGUGGGAGGAUUGGGCCGUGUACCCCGAUCCCUUCCUCAUUAAGCUGCAGAACAUCUUCCUGGGUCUUGUUAAUCUCUCUGCAGAAAAGGAGGUCCCUGUUGUUGUAGAGCCUGAACCUGCAGAAGACCUCGAUGGCGCCCCGCUGGCCGAGUUUGUAGAUGGCGCUCCUCUGGAGGAUGUGGACGGGGUUCCCAUUGAUGCAGGACCCAUUGAUGGAGCACCAAUUGAUGGAGCCCCUCUGGAUGAUUUAGAUGGGGUUCCUAUUAAGUCCAUCGAUGAUGACAUAGAUGGAAUACCUUUGGAUCAGUCUGCAGGAGCAACUUUCAAGGUUGCACCCUCAAAAUGGGAAGCGGUGGAUGAGGCAGAGUUACAGGCUCAAGCUGUAACAACCUCAAAAUGGGAGAUAUUUGAGCAACCUGAAGAAGCAAAAAAGGGUGAAGCCAACAGUGAUGAUGAAGAGAAGAGUCCUCGCUCUGAGGAUAAUCAGAGCUACUCCAACCCCAUCAGAGACGACGCUGAUAAUAAGGCCAAGAUGUCUGAAAUGAAUGAGGAGAAACGCACCAAGCUCAGAGAGAUUGAGGUUAAAGUCAUGAAGUUCCAGGAUGAGCUGGAGUCUGGGAAAAGACCCAAGAAGCCUGGGCAGAGUAUUCAGGAGCAGGUGGAGCACUACAGGGACAAACUGCUACAGAAGGAAAAAGAAAAAGAAAAACUUGAGCGUGAGAAAGAAAAGGAGAAAAAAGAAAAGGAGAAAGCAGAGUCGCGGUUAAAAGAGCUGAAGAAGGAGAAGGAGAAGGAUGACACACCAACCAGGAAAGAAAGAAAGAGGCAUCACAGUGGGUCUCCCAGUCCACCAAGAACCGGCAGCAGACGAGGCCGGUCAUCCUCACCGCGUUCAGAGCGCUCCGAGAGAUCGGAACGCUCUGAUCGAUCGUAUUCUAAAGACACAUCAACCCGCUCGACCCAUAAAGACAGCCCUCGCUCCAGCAACAAAAAAUCUUCCAAGAGAUCCCCAUCUUCACCUCGCACGCCAAAACGAUCGAGGCGGUCGCGCUCCAAAACACCCAAGAAAUCAACUAAGAAGUCCCGCUCCAGAUCCAGAUCUCCCCACCGAUCUCACAAGAAAUCAAAGAAGAACAAACACUGACAUCAUUUAUUUUCCACUCGUAAACCAGCCCCUCUCAUUGUCCCCCCCCCCACAUGAUUUAAAGGUGGACUGAUUUGGCAGCUGAGGAUCUACGAUGCCUGAAGGUUAGCGGAAGGACAAAGUGGAGGGCGUUGCAUGGGUUGCUAUCUGGUGUAUCGGGUAGAUGGGGCCAGUGCUGUUUUAUAUUGUAAAGAUUUAAAAAAAAAAAUGUGGUUUUGUGUCCUAAAUUCUUCACCUUCCAAUGGAAACCAUCCAUGUGGUAGACCACAGCCGUGUAGAGUGAGGAAAAGUCUUACGUUCAUGCUGUCGACUUCUGUUUUUGUAGUUCACAUUAAAAGGAAUUCCUAAUAAACAAGUGUCAUUUUUAAAAUAUCUGACGCAAUGACCGAUAAA